GAAGGCUUAGAUACAGACAAAUAAACUCAAAUGCUUACGAAUUAGCUGCAUGUGAAGUAUCUGUAUCAGUGAUAAUGUGAUGAAAAAUAAGACUCUGAAUCAGGUCAAGUUCAAGACUUCUACUUACAGAACCGAUGUUUAUGGUAUUUUAUAUCAUUUUGUUUUACACCUUCCCAUUACUGUCAUUAUCAGUGGACUUUUAACUGGUUCAUCAUCAUUAGUAUCCAAAUGUGUUUCAGUCGCGUGACUCUCUCCUGGUACAAAGGAAACGUCAAUUUUAAUUUUGUAUUUUAAUUAUGUAACUACGCUGUAUUCGGUUAACUGUUCAAAAACGCUGAUGUUUGUGUUAACAUGCAGUGUGACACGUGACUAUCGAGAAACAGAAGCUGAACCACAGCGGAGUACUUAUUUUAGCCAACAGACAGAAAAGCCUCUUCAUUAGACUUCCUUCAUUCCCUCAUAUGGCUUAAAAAAUGCUUUGUGCACUUAUUUUCUUCUGUCUAUGGCUCCUGGUUGGUGAGUUAAACAUGUUUUUUGUAUGGCUUUACGUCACUUAAAUUCUGUUAUCGUUUACUCACCCUCGCGCUAUUUCCUGCUUACUUCUGUGGAAACACCAACAGCAUUGCGUAUGAAAGCAAUGCGCGUCAGUGAGGUGCAGUGCUGUACCGGAUCCAUUUAGCUAUCUUCAAAAUAUCUUUUGUGUUGCAAAAAUGAAAGAAAGUCAAAUGUGCGCACCAACAGGGCGAGCAAAUGAUGACCAAAAUUACGUUCGAUUUUUUUUUCAAUCUUGUUAUUUUGUUUUGCUUGGUGCGCAUACAGAUGGCAUGAAGACGGUGCCAGUGGUGGAGGGAGAUUCUGUGACUCUACACACUGAUCUUACUGAGAUGCAAAAUAUACAACGCAUACAGUGGAGGUUCACACCUGACGAUGCAUUUAUAGUCAUUCAGUUUUAUAAGGGGGCACCUGUUGUGAAUUAUUUGAAUGCUGAGAGAUUUAGAGACAGACUGCAGGUGGACGAUCAGACUGGAUCUUUGACCAUCAGGAACACCAGGUCAACAGACUCCGGACUUUAUCAACUACUGAUAGAAAAUUACAUCUAUUUCAAUGUUACUGUCUAUGCUCGUGUGCCCAUUCCCAUUGUCUCCAGAGACUCUUCAAACCGUUCCUCUUCCUCAUCUUCAUCAUCAGGUCAGAUUUGUUCACUGCUGUGUUCAGCUCUGAACGUGAGUCACGUGACUCUCUCCUGGUACAAAGGAAACAGUUUAUUGUCCAGCAUCAGCGUGUCUGAUCUCAGCAUCAGUCUCUCUCUACCUCUGGAGGUGGACUAUCAGGAGAAAAACACCUACAGCUGUGUGAUCCACAACCCCAUCAGAAACCAGACGAGACAUCUGGACAUCAGUGAAGUCUGUGAGACAUUUGGAGACUUUGUACACUGCUGCGGUUUCACUGAAGCUGUGAUUCGAUUGGUCCUCUCUGCUGUGGUGGGCGCGGCUACUGUUGCCAUAGUGAUUUAUGAAGUCAAGAGCUAAAAGAAGCGGAGAAGUUUGAAUGUAGAUAUUUUUAGCUGGAAAACGUUUCAUUAAAUAUUUAUCUUUUAUGGAGUGAAGCUUACUCGGGUGUCAUGCUGUGGAGAUCGAGUGAUUCGUUGUUUUGACCCCUCUCUUUUUAAUAAAUCAAAUGAUUCACAAA